AUGGGUCUUGAUGCUAGCCUUAUACCGCAGGCUUUUAGGCGGCACGACAUUGCUCGUGAGAUGGCUGAUCGGGCUCAGGAAGUCGAUGACAGGGAGAGCAUCGCUGGUACAGAAGUAUCAUGGCAUACCUCACACGAAUCUGGCGAGGACCAGAUCUUAGGUGAUGGCCAAACUCUUCGAAAGACUCUAUACCACAUCGCCGAGGAGAGAGCGCGGCAAGAAGGAGUCAAGCAUCGGGGCGUGAGCUGUGAUCAGUGCGAUGCUAAGCCAAUCCGGGGGAUACGCUGGCGGUGUGCCAAUUGCGCUGAUUUCGACCUAUGCUCUGACUGCGAGGCAACCAACAACCACAACAAAACCCAUAUAUUCUACAAGAUCAGAAUUCCUGCUCCCUAUCUCGGACUGCCCAAACAAGCCCCAGUAUACCCAGGCAGGCCUAACAUGAUGUCCCCGUCGAUAGAUUCAGUGCUUAAGAGGCGCCUUGUUUCCGAGACCAACAUCGAGGCCGAGGAAAUAGAAGCCCUGUGGGACCAAUUCACUUGUCUCGCAGACACUGAGUGGAGGGAAGAUCCGAGCAUUGUCGGGUGGGCUAUUGACCGGCGCUCCUUUAAUCAAGCCUUCAUCCCCCGCUACUCAACUUUUACUUCGGCUCCAAACCUUAUAUACGACCGGGUGUUUGCAUACUACGACUCCAAUAAUGAUGGGAAGAUCGGAUAUGAAGAAUUCGUCAAAGGUCUGGACGGAAUGCACUCUUCCAAGCCUGAGGUCAAGCUAAGAAUCGUCUUCAACGGCUACGAUAUAGAUGGGGAUGGCUACAUAUCGAGGAAAGAUGUCCUGAGACUCUUCAGGGCGUACUAUGCAAUCGAGAAAGAAGGUACUCGUAACUAUAUUGCAGAAAUCACGGACGAACUGUCUGUCGCCGGGGCACUAGAUGUUAUUCAUUCUAGUCAGCCUUUGGCCUCGAAAUUUACGCAAGAUACGCAGAGCUCGGCAACAACCGCGCGCUCUCGACGACUUCAUGAGAAACUACCAGAUCAAUUCGGAGACUUGAGAGACCCGUUCCAUGGAGCUGUCCUUGAUGACACUGACGACACUGCACCUCGAGAGGAUGUCUUGGGCAUUGCCACAUCCUCAUCUCAAUCUAGGGAUCCGAUCAAUCGGCAUCUAUCCGACUCACCGGAGGAGCAGCGCCAGGACCCGGUCACAGAAAGAUGGCGACGGAGACGAUUUUAUGUCGAUGAAGAGGAGGGCCUUAACGAACCGGAAGGUCACUCUAGAAGUGAAGAGCUCAGCGAAGUGGACGAGCCCAUCGAGGCCAGUCCCAAUGGCCACCCAGAGUCAAAUGGGACCAAUUUUCCAAGAGAUUCACGCUCGUCGUCUAGAGUUCGCUUCCAAGAUGAUGUAGAUGUGGAGACUCGCUCUAAUGCUUCGACAUCAUCGCGCCCGUUUGGCGAACGAUGGGGUGGCUACGAAAUUCCAGAACCCGAGAAGGACCUUGGGAAGGAGCUUCUAUACCAGAUAACUCAACAGGCUUUCAACGAGAUGCUCAACCCCUUGUUCCUUGACAAAGAGGACCUCGCCAUGGACGCCUAUGACACCAAACAAGAACGACGUGAUCGUAGGUCGGAAUUGGACGCCAUCACUGCUACGUUCGCAAGGGAGACCCAGAUGAAUGUCAACGAGACCAUUUGCAUACUUAGUUCACACGGAUAUAGCAGGCGUAUGGUGGAGCUGAUUGUCGCCAAUGGCUGCACAACCUUCCUUCAAGAGUUGAAAGAUGGAAAGCAUACUCACGCUACGGCUGAAGCGGAAUUGCGAAAGAUCGUUUCGAGUGUUGAGGCUCAACUGGUUGAUGGCGUGCAGUCACAUGAGCAUAAAUACCGGCCGACUUCGCAGCAGCUUUGGAAUGCCAAACUUUGGCGGAUCCAGUUCCUACACGAGCUUAGUACAACGCUCCUCGACAUGUUCGCUGAAUGCGGAUGGAUUAAGAAUGAGCAAUCCAACCGCGUCGGAAAGGACAUCCGCACCAACAAUGAGCAGCCGUAUCAAGAUCCCACCUUGCCUCAAUUUCGCCCCAACAGCUUAGCUGACAUCGAUACCACCACAAUCAGACCCGGGUCACCUCUCCCGAGCUUUACGGAAAGCCCUCUGACUCCAUUGUCUCAGUUGUCUCAGUACACGACCCCGGACGACGAUGCGGCCAGCUCAGACACAGAUGACAACACCGAAUUCAUCUAUCAAAUGGACAAAGGCCCGAUCUUUUUCUUCCCAAGCUCUUUCAUCAUCAACGACUCAAACAGUGCAGAAUACUACCAGCUCCCAGACCCCUUACCCACCUCCGCAGAGUUUCUCUCCGCACCCCUGAGUAUUUCUCCGCACGAAACUUCAAAGCUCAGCCCGGCCCUCUUCAGCUUCAGCUUCAACCCCUACACUCUCGGACUCGACGCACACCCUCACCCCUUCCAACCGCCGCCAAACUCGCGCCUGGUCUUCGAUAUCACACUCGCGCUCCGCCGCAUGGCCUCCAAGCCAUCUUCGCCGUGCUACCUUGCACGCCUCGCGAACCUCGACGCCGUGGAGAAGGAGAUCCAGGAGCGCAAAGGCGAGGGUUUGAUUAGCGAAGACGAGUUUAUGGCUAUGGUGAUGCAGGACGGGAAGCUCCGCUUCCUGGAAGCGUGGAUGGAUUGGGUGAAUUUCUGA